CCUUGCUGCCUGGCCUCUGCCUGCCUGCUGCCUGCAGUCCUGUGGCUUUAGGGGCUGACUGCCCGCAGGCUGGGACCCAGCGCUCCUUUGAUGCUCAGCUCUCAGAGGAGGGGCUGGCUCCACCUUGCACAGUCAACACACCCAGCCAGCCACCAAUGCAGGAGCCAGGGGCCGCACUGAGGAGCUGCACACAGGUCAGAUUCACCUCUCCUGGCUCCCAGCCCAGCCCUGUCUCCAGGGUCCCCUGCACUGCCAACCUCAGCGCCGCCUCCCCAGGGCGGAAUCCCGCGAUGGCAACCAACACCACGAAGCCGCUCUGUCCCCUCCUGGAGCAGAUGACCCAGCUCCAGAGCCACAGCAACUCCAGCAUCCGCUACAUCGACUACGUGUCGGUGCUGGUGCACGCCGUGGCCAGCCUGCUGGGCCUGGUGGAGAACGGACUGAUCCUCUUCGUAGUGGGCUGCCGCAUGCGCCAGACCGUGGUCACCACGUGGGUGCUGCACCUGGCGCUGUCCGACCUGCUGGCCACCGCCUCCCUGCCCUUCUUCACCUACUUCUUGGCUGUGGGCCACACGUGGGAGCUGGGCACCACCUUGUGCAAGCUGCACUCCUCCAUCUUCUUCCUCAACAUGUUCGCCAGCGGCUUCCUGCUCAGCGCCAUCAGCCUGGACCGCUGUCUGCAGGUGGUCCGGCCCGUGUGGGCACAGAAUCAUCGCACGGUAGCCGCAGCUCACAAAGUCUGCCUGGGGCUCUGGGCCCUGGCUGUGCUCAACACUGUGCCCUACUUCCUGUUCCGGGACACCAUCCCAAGGCGGGACGGGCGCAUCAUGUGCUACUACAACGUGCUGCUCCUGAGUCCCGGGUCCGACCGCGAUGCCACGUGCAACUCGCGCCAAGCGGCCCUGGCCAUCAGCAAGUUCCUGCUGGCCUUCCUAGUGCCGCUGGCCAUAAUCGCCUCGAGCCACGCGACCGUAAGUGUGCAGCUCCGCCACCGCGGCCGACGGCGGUCCAGCCGCUUCGUGCGCCUGGUGGCCGCCGUGGUGGCGGCCUUCGCGCUCUGCUGGGGGCCCUACCACGUCUUCAGCCUGCUGGAGGCGCGCGCGCACGCCAACGCGUCGUUGCGGCCCCUCGUGAUGCGCGGGCUGCCCUUCGUCAGUAGCCUGGCCUUCAUCAACAGCGUGAUCAACCCGCUGCUGUACGUGCUCACCUGCCCUGACGUGCUGCACAAGCUGCGGCGCUCGCUGCGCAGCGUGCUCGAGAGCGUGUUGGUGGACGACAGCGAGCUGGGCAGCUUGGGCAGCAGCCGCCGCCGCCGAGCUUCCUCCGCUGCCUGCUCGCCGGGCGCCUGCCGCCUGUCCCAGCGUGGGCCUCUGCGCCUCCUCGGCUGCCUGCAGGGUGAGCGCGGCGUGUCCCCGCCCCGGGGCCGGGCGCGCUCCCAGGAUGAGAGGGGCCCGCAGAGCUCGGAGCCCAUGAUUGCUUCCAGUUAGGAGGGUACCCCGAUUCUUCCCGGACGGCCGGCCGAGCUGCGGACACUGUGCACAAAAGCCUCAUGAGCGCACGCCAUUCAGAUGCAGAUGUCGGGACUCCAGCCUGAGAGACCCUAAAGGGUAGUUGGAGGGACAGGACCCAGGAAUCUGCAUUUUUAAGCGUACCAGACGAUGCAAUAAGAAACAAAGCGAGUCACUGCAGCGCUUCGAGAACUUUGAUAUGCCCACAGCUCACCUUCCUAGCUUGUUAAAGCCCAGACUCAGAUUCAGCAGGCUGGGUGGGGUGGUGGGAUGCCGAGAUUUUGCGUUUCUAACAAGCUCCCCCAGGAGAUCACGGCAGCUGGUCCGUGGACCACACUUGGAGUCACACGGAGUUAAAAUCAUAACAGACUUCUCUCAAGCUAGGACAGUGGACACCCAAGGGCACUGGGGACGCAGUUCCCUGGAGUUCAGUGUUUCCGGUGACUGGGGAAGGAGGUUAUUUUUACAUUCAACCAGUAAUGCAUUUUUGGAGAAGAAAGGUCUGAGAAAUACGGUUCCAGUCUAACCUUCACUUCAGUCAACGUUUAUUGAGCUUUAUCCCACUCUUAGGAGGCAGGUACUAUUGGUCCCAAUUUUUACAGAGGAGGAAACAGAGACACAGGGAGAUAAAGUAACUUGCCCAGUUUCAUGGCUAGUGAGGGAGUCUGCACUCUAACCUCUAACCUUUGGAUGCUCAAUACAUACUUGUUAAGUGAAAGAACACCCUCUGACUUACCCAAGGUACUUAAGCUAGUAGCUGACUUGGGGCCCUCGUCUCUGAUUUUCUCAUCCAGCACUGCCCAAAGUGUUUAUACAGCAGAAACAAGAGGGUACCAUGGUUUAAUGUUUGGGAAACACCGGGCUAAUCAAUCAGUCUGAUGGGCUGCUACUGAAGAUCUUGUCUUCAGUACUUGAACGUGCCCUGCCGCCUCCGAGACCACAGCACGGGGCAUUUCCUAGCUCAUCUGACCUCAUAUCCUGAGCCCUGGGUAGGCCUGGUGUUCUGUGGGGUGCCCCUGGGCAAAUGCUGGGAAUUGCAAGAUCUUUGCAGUGCCCACCUCCCAACCAUGCCGGGGCUGGGAAGCGCAGCCGUCACUCCCAGCUUGUAGGUGAGAGGGUCCCUGGUACCUCCUUCUAGCAUAGCACCUCCCACUGCACCAUGACAUUUGUCCACUCCCUAUUUCCUCGAUCCACCGCGGACCUGGGGACAGAGACGGCUGGUUUUCAGCUCUGCAUCCCUGGGACUGGUCAGUAAGUGUUCAGUGGGUGGAACAUUAGUGAAGAGCUGGGAUGAGAAACACUGGUUUCCCUUGGGAUCUGGGUCUGGUGCCCCUUCUGCCGCCCCCAGGCUGGGGCCCCCAAAAGCUGGACUGGCUAGCCCAUUGUUUACUUCCAGGCCUAGUGCCAGGCGGUGCCUGGCCCACGGCUAGUACUCGGCCAGCUGAACAGUCAGAUGAACAGCUGACAUCCCAUCUUAACACCUUGCCCCAUGCCCCCUCCACCCCCAACCUGCUUUUGCUUACUCCAGAGCAGUUUCGCCACCCAACAUACAAUGUACUUUACUGGUUUAUUAUCUGUUUUCCUCCAUCAGAAUGAAAGAACCUUGAGGGCAGGGGCUUUUGUCUGACUCCCGGUAUCUGGAAUUGUGCCCACUCACAGCAGGCAUUCAAUAAAUAAUUUUGUCCUAGAUGGGUGGGCAUGAGUUAAUCAGAUCUUUGGGGCUGCUGUGGACUCUGACACAGGAAGGAGCAUGCUGGGGAGAAACCCUGCUCCCUGCAGUCUCCCCAUUUUAAGCUUCCAGUAUUGAA